CUCUUGUUGCCGUCAAUUCUCAUCGAUCGGGAGUCGAUCUAGUUACAUUGUUCUAGAUGUGAUCUCAUCGAGGCUGCUGGCAUUCUGUGAUGGACGACUUCUUGCCCGUAGAUGACCAGCUGCAGUCCCCAUCUUUCGAGACUUUUCUCGAUGACACCAACUAUUUCCUCAAUCACUCACCAGGCUCUGGCGCAUCAUCGUGGAACUUCGCACCGUCUCCUGAAGUCGGCGCCAGCUUUUUAGAUUGGGAGACGCUGGAAACUGCAGCAUCGUUGUCAUAUCCAAUCGAUUACUCACCAAUCGACGACCUCUCGCAGCAGUACAAUUCAUCCGAAGUCCUCUCCACCGAGAAUCUAUCGCAACACGAUACUCUCGCAUCUUUUGACAGCUUACCUGCAGCAGAGCCUUCUACUGCCAUCCAGCCGGGUCCUUUGAGCGGCAAUUUUGUCAGUGUCUCUCAAUGGCUGGAUGGUGCCUAUCGACCUCCUGUGCCUUGCAGUUACUGCCAUCGCCAUCGCUUACAGUGUCUUAUCCUGCGCACAACCUCUGCGAACCCCAAUCCAGUAACCUCAUGCUCCAGCUGUGUCGCCCUUUACCGCGAAUGCAGUCUUGCGCAGGGCGAGAAGCGCCAGGCCGCAGGCUUCGAGACCAUCUCUCCAGUCUUCGGUCAUUUGCAUGGCGUGACCGAAGAGCGCGACAGCGGAUAUCCUCACCCAACACUGGGGGGAGAAGCAUCCCAGAAGGCAAUGACCGAUCCAGCCGAUGCUGAGACGCAAAUGAAGCCGCGUUUCUCGCGGAAAGGGGCUAAGAUUCUGCGCGACUGGUUCUAUCGCAAUCAGCACUCUCCUUACCCGACCGACGAGCAACGUGCCGAAUUCGCCAGGGAGACCGGCUUCACCGAGCGCCAGAUCUCGAAUUGGUUUGCGAAUGCGCGAAGACGUCGGAAAAUGGCUUUGCGAGCGUCGCGACCGAGCCCGGUCACUCCUGCUCCACGCGGCAGCUCCCCCAUGCCGGUCUCACGAUACACCUCGCUGACGCCUAUGGAGCGAUGGCAGAGAUCUCCUCCCGACCAGGACCCGGUCUCGGAAUCGGUGAUUCAGGAAGCUAUCGCUACUUCAGACUUGCCUCCGUCUGGAAAGGGUGCUUUCGGCCGGGCCGAGCGCACCGGAGCUGGUCGCCGGGGUGACGGUCAUGCCUACUCGGUUUCAAGUGUGGACAGCGGACAGUUUGAGAGCGCCCAGUCCCACGCAUCGUCCGACACGGUCUCUUCUGCAGCUUGGAGCUACAACUCCGAGGAUCAGCUUCUCUUCCCCCUGUCGGAUAGCCGGCGAGGACAACGACGCCACCAGUCUCGCCGCAGGCCCUCCUCAGUCCAUUCACUUGGCGAUCAUCAGUACCAGUGCACAUUCUGUCCUCGCUCCUUCAAGAAAAAGCACGACUGGUGCCGUCAUGAGCUCAGUAUGCAUCUCUGUCUUGAAUCGUGGCUCUGCACGAUCAAUACCUCCCCAUCAGCCUUCCCAGAUCAGGUGGAAUGUGAAUUCUGCGAGUUCCCGCGGCCAUCACUGGCGCAUCUCGAAUCCCACGAAUUCGGUGUCUGUGCGGACCGCCCAGUAAGUGAGAGGACUUUCACGCGCAAAGACCAUCUCGUGCAGCAUCUCCGCAAGUUCCACCGUUGCACGAAGAUACCCGCAGCAAGAGUCGAAGGAUGUCGCUCCACCCGCACCGCAGUGACCAGUCGGUGUGGCUUUUGUGCCGCGGUGAUGCAGAGUUGGACCGAGCGGGCAAAUCAUAUAGCCGAUCACUUCAAGAAGGGUCUCCGGAUGAGUGAAUGGGUCGGUGGGUGGGGGUUGGAUGAUACGUCGUGCGCAAUCUUGCGGGACGCUACCCUGCCCGUUCACAGCUGGUCCGCAUCGUGAAGACGUUUUUGCUGGUCAAGUAUGUAGACUGUGGCGGGGUCUGCAAAUCGGCCUUCUUCUCAUGGAGCGGUCAGACGAGUAAAUCUGGGUAACCACUUUUCGAGACGUCAUAGGUGACGAGGAGCGCGGCUCGGCAUUUUCGAGCUUCGAUCUCUUACCAACCCAUGUCUACCCACGGCUCUACAUGGCAAAUCGAACUGCCAUAGACAGCUGCCCUCGGGAACCUGCUCCUCCACCCCUGGACUCGACAAGUGACGACUGACCAUCGAUCCUCUGACCGUAGAACCUAUCUAUAAACAG